GGGGCGGCGCGGGCUCUUCCGGGCGCCGCCGUUUCCUGCCCAGCGCCGCGCAGUCACCCGGCCGCGGGAGCCCCGGGCUCAGGCCUCGGCGUCGGUGCGGCAGCCGGUGCUCCGCCGCGCGCCGCUCGCGCCAUGCGCGCCGCCCCGCCGCCCGCGUCGCUCCUGCGGCUGCUGCUGCUCGCGCUCCUGGCCGCGCCCGCCACCCGCGCCCGCAGAGCCGAGGCCGCCGCCGCCGCGCCGCAGCCCGACCCCGGGCUCCCGGUGCCCGGCAACGCCACCCGAACGGGGGCUGGGGCUGCGGGCGGCGCCGCCUCCAACGCCACCGGCGACGCCCUGGCGACCCGCAUCUCCCGCCUGCUCCGCGGCCUGCCCACCCUGAAGGCGGCCGUGGUGGUGGCGUGCGCCUUCUCGGCCCUGCUCGUCGCCUGCCUGCUGCUGCGCGUCUUCAGGUCCGGAAGGAGGUUGAAGAAAACCCGCAAGUAUGACAUCAUCACCACCCCCGCCGAGAGAGUGGAAAUGGCCCCACUGAACGAAGAGGAUGACGAAGACGAGGACUCCACAGUAUUUGACAUCAAAUACAGGUAAAACUCUGUGUUUUCCAGCACAUUGGCGCCCGAUGGGAAGGUGGUCAGCUGCAGCCUGGGGUGUGGAGGAGGAUCUGGAAGCUGUCUCGUCUGCGGUGUCGAAACCAAAGCGAACAUUAUUUGUGAAACGCUGGCACAGCUGUGUGUGUUGAACAUCUGCUCAGAAUGUCACCACAGAAGAGUCGCCUCUACCAACCUCUGGGUGCCCCUCUGAAAUGUCACCCCUUCUUCCUCCUCAAGAGAGUUCUGCCUUGCUUAGGGGCAAAGGGUAGAAAUAUGUUGACUUAAGAAAUUUUGCUAAGGCAAAUGUUGACAAAAGUAAAGAGAUCAGAAGUUAUCAAGAACCUAAAAAAAGCCUGUGGGAUAUUCAGCUUAUUUUUGUAAUGUCUGAUAUUCUGCUUUUCUGGAUCUAAGACCUUCUGGACAUUGGA